CCAAGAUGGCGGACAAAACAACACAAAAGUGGUUUGGUUUUUCGCAUUUUCCGCUUCAAAUUUAUCCAUAGGAGACCUKUUUCUUCUUCAAAAUGGAUAAUGAAACCGAUGAAAGGCAGGAUGGCUUYGUUGCAAGCUUGGACCAAUUCUUUACUAGCAUAGAACCUGUUUUGAAAGAAGCAAAUACAAUCGARGCUGCAGAAGAUCUUUUGACAAAUUUAGAAACCACUGACGAAAACUUUCACAGAUACGAGUUUGUUCGUAAACUUCGGGCACGUAUCGACAAGAUACUUGGACCUUUGAUUGAUAUGAAGCUUGAAAGUCUUUCAGGAGAAAGUGACAGUAACACUCUCCUCUCACAAGUAGCUGAUGAAAUACAGACAUCCCAAGAGUUUAUAAGCCUUCAGCAGUCUGUUUUGGCUGAUACCAAAGAAGCUGUAAAUGUACUAGUACAGAAGUAUGCCAAUCCAUUGCAACGAGGAGCUAGUGAUUUUGACUUCAGUGACCACAAGACAAAGAUGCACACUGUUAAAGAUUCAUUAGAUCUUAGUGAUGAUCAAGAAUCUUUAUCUUCAUCUAUUGGCCAAGUUGGAUAUAUGUUUAUGUCCCAGGAGAAGUCUGGUAAAAUUGCUGAAAAUUUGCAUCCUUUGAAACCUGUUCAAGUUAAGAGUGAAGCAUUGACAUCUUUAGCCCAAGUACCUCAAUCUGAUGUUAUCACAAGUGAGCAUUGGCCUGCCAUCAGAAAAGGUCUCUUAGCAGCGUUAGCUGAUGAUGAUGACCACCUGUCAGAAAAAAGCCUUAAAUUCCAUGCAAGAAUGUUCCUUUGUUCAACUUCACAUGCAACAAGAGAAAUCUACACUUGUUUGGCUGAGCAUCUUUGGCACUGUUUUAAUAACAAACCUGAUAUGAUGGUUAAAAUAGAGCAGGGAAUCAAUGUACAAACUAAGAAUAACACAAGAUUAAUAAAAAGAUUUCGUUUAUUAAAUGAAUUCCAACAUGAAGUCCCUUCAUAUUGGACAAGAUAUUCAGAAAGAUUUCUUGAGGAAAUCCUAGAGAGUACGUUCACACUAAUUGAUGCUAGUGAAUUCCAGUCUUCAUCAUCAGUUGAGCAGCUAAUCACACCCCUACACUAUUUGUCUCUGUUGGAUCCUCUAGCAACAUGGUUCAAGAAGUGGACGCAUGGGAAUUACAGCAGAACAGAAGUUGUAAAGCAGUUAAAGGAGCACCCUAAACUGCUUUCAGAUGCAGUUGGAGCGAUAUUAGAUUUUCCACAUACACUGAAAACAGCAGUAACAAUUCCUGAGAUAUUAGAAGACCAAGACCWGCAAGAACGACAAGAUUCUGGUUCUGAAGAUGGCAUGUUUUACAGUGUUCGUGAUUUGGAGUUUCUCUUCUUUGUCCAUUCAUUAAGUAUUGUAGGAAGGCUGUUUAUUUAUAAUGAUGGUAGAGGUCUCUUUCCCAUUGAGCUCCCCGACAGACAAGAAACCUUGACAGUUACAGACCUUUUAGUUGUCUUAAUCAAGAUUAUGUGUAUACCAAUGCCAAAGUCAAUGGCUAAGGCAGGUUUGGAUGGUACUAUUGUACCAGGUGACCUGGUUUCUGAUGUUCUACAGGAAAUAGCUUCCAACAGUGAAGCCAUUAAAGAAUGUUUGUGCAAGGAUGCUAUUACUUCCACUCUUCUUGCUCCAGUCCAAAACAUAUUGGAUGGUUUGCCGGAUCUUGACAGUGAUGAGGAGUCAGACACUGAGAGUGUCUUGCUCUUGAUAUCUGAUGUAUUGGCAGCUUUAGCUUCGACAGAGAAUGGUCGCCUGCAGCUAUUGUAUGGGGAGUCACAGGAACGAUGGCAAAGAAGCAGAUUUUCCCCUGCACAUAUCAUUGCUGGAUUCUCCAAGAAGGCAUUAUCUGACAGUUUGUGUUGUCCUUUAUCAAAUGAUGUCAUUGGAGGAUUUCUGUUUGUAUGUCGUCAACUGUGGACCACAUCAGAAGGGCUAAUAGUCUUGAAUCAGUAUGCACUUCAUGAGAAAGUAGCACAGGCCUGGGUUAAUGCAAAUGAGCUACAUUCCAUGUCAACAACAUCAWUAGGUGAGCAAGAUGACUCUGCAGAACAUGAAACAAUCCAAAAUGCUGAAAGUCUCGUUUGGGAGAGUUCACUUUUAGAUAACCUGCUAAACUUUGCUGGUACACCAAAAGGAGUGCUAUUGUUGCAGCUAACCGGCAUGAUGGACCAAUGUAUUGGCUACAUGUACAAACGCUACACUAAGAAGCUUCAAGUCAGUAAGUGUGAAAAGUUUGGAUACGGGGUGAUGGUAUGUCAGUUUGCCGCAACAGCACCAGGAAUAGUAGCACUAGAAAAGAAAGGCUAUUUGCAGCGACUUAUUCAAGAUGUGUGGUUGGUAUUUGAAGGACUAUAUGACAGACGUUUACAGCCAAUUAUAAAACAUAUUGAUACAAUUGAUAGUAGAGCUUAUAGCAAGGCACUCAACAACCUACUGAGCGUGUUUUCUGCCUUCCCUGCUGUAUAUGAGGUGUUGACUGUACAUAACAGACCAUCAACAUCAACAUCAGAAGUUGAAGAAAUCAAACCUGUGGAACAUGAAUUGGAUGCCCCAGUGACGUUUGCUGAACUAAUUAACAGGCUGAUUUUCAUCGACUCUGAUUCUAAAAUCAGCUCACUGUUUAAUUAUGAGCAGUCACACCACUUUGGAUUGAGGGUUUUAAACGUAUUAUGCUCCUGUCUUGACACCUUGCUUUUCCUGGAAUCAACAUACCACUUCACAGAACUAUUACUGCAGGCUCAGUUGGACAACAGACUUGAAAAUGGCAAAGACUACAUCAUAGACAGGUGCUCUAUUGAACGCAACCAAAUUCUAGUAAAGUCCUAUUGGGUCGGAGGACCAUCGGAGAGGAUACUACCAGGCAGAGACUUAACUGAGGAUAAAAGCAAGCCAUACCCUUGGCCUCUCUUUUCAUCGUUCCCACCUCCCAAGGACUAUGUCGUCCAGGACUACGCCGUCAUCACAAAUGCUUUUGAAGAAGGUGACAGCAUUCUUGAGUUCCUGGAAGGAGAAAAACCAUCGAAAGACGAAAGCAUCGAGUGGCUUGAGAAAUUCAGAGAGUUGUUUUGUAAAACAAUAAAAAGUGGUGGCUUCAAAUGUAAAACAAAAGUUCUGAAGCUACUCCUAGAAUCUGUCUGYCACGUUUUAACUAACAUUCCCGAGGAAUCAAUUUUCCCACUUAUAGAAUUCUCAGUUGGUGAGUUAAGUCUUAAAAACACAGAUUUGUCUUCAAUCGAGAGCCUUGGCGUCAAGUUGGUCAUACGUUAUGGGUUACAGCUGAAGAUCUUGCAGUCCAAGGGUGACUCUACAGAAGACCUUCAACAUCUCUUGAAAUACGCCAAGUUUUUUAUGCGCAGUCAACAGAAAGUCCCUGACUCAACCUUACGCACUCUAAGUGUAGAGUACCCAGGUCAUGAUUGGUUUGUUUCAACAAUCUUUUUAAUGUUCGGUGGAGACCCGGAUGAAAGCCGUGAGUUCCUAUUCAAGUUUUCCAGCUUGGUGUGUUCGGGUUACCUGUGGAUUCGAAGACUUCAUGCAUCGGUUCAUCUUCCAACGUCACUUACAGUCAGCGGUAUUCCACCACUUUACUCAUGCACUUGCCAUAACAUUGAGCUGAUUUUGCAGGCAGAGGUUCCUCUUGUAUUUUCUGCUCUUCGAAUGUCUGGUUACACCCCAUCGCAGAUUUGCCAGCACUGGUUACGACAAUGUUUUUGGAAUUACCUCCCGUGGGAUCAUGUUUGUUUGUAUGUCUGUGUGUGUUUGACUCUUGGAAUUGACUACCAGGUUUAUUUCUGCAUUGCGAUCUUCAAACAUCUACAACAGGAAAUUCUGAAGAGCACUCAAGACCAAAGACUCCUGGUUAUGCUUAAAGAAGAGCCGAUACGUAACUUUCGCCUCGAAGAUCACCUGGAUUUCAUGAUCGAUCUGGAGAAGAAAUACCGUCUGACGAUCUUGUCUGACCUCCAAAACAUUACUAGGCCAUAAAUGCAUCAACGCCGAUCGAUGAUCGACAGAUCUUUCUGUCCUCGCAUAAUCUAAAUGACUGGAGUGGUGAUAAGUUUCAAUUUUGAAACCUGAAGCAUUCACGACAUUAUUUUAAAAGCCUAAAGAAAAGGAUUGUAUUUUUUCUCUACGGGUUUUUGUAAUUAAGACAGGGCUUUUCAUUCGUACCCAAUGUUUUUUCAUAAGGCUGUCCUAAUGCCCAUUACACAUGCGCUGUAAAAUGUUUGUAUAUAUGUAAUAUCUAUGUAAUAUAAGUAUAUAUAGAAAAUUUUGUCAAAAAAAAAAAGAAAACAAGUAUAAGUUUUCGUGAGUGCAGUAUUUAACAAGCAGACAACAGCGAAAACUACGCUCUUUGAACUAAAUUAUUGCGAUGCAUGGAAUCCUAACUUAUAUUUAAAGGACUAUAAUAUAACGAUUUCUGUCCAUGAAUAUGUAGUAUUUAGUAAUAUGUGUAUCACGCACUUGGCGCAUGAACUGAAAAAAAAAAUGCAAACCCUG